AUGACCGCCGCGACCAAAAUUACGCUCUCCGAGUCCGAGCUGCCCACGCACUGGUAUAACAUAGUCCCCGACCUGCCGCACGCGCCCGCGCCUCCGUUGGACCCCGCCACGCACCAGCCGCUGCCUGCGUCCGCGCUGUCGUCGCUGUUCCCGCCGGCGCUAGUCGAGCAGGAGGUCACGCGCGAGCGCUACGUCCCGAUCCCCGCCCAAGUGCGCGACAUCUACAAGCUGUGGCGCCCGACCCCGCUGGUGCGCGCGCGUCGCCUCGAGCGCGCCCUCAACACCCCGGCCCGCAUCUUCUACAAGUACGAGGGCGGCAGCCCGUCGGGGAGCCACAAGCCCAACUCGGCCGUGCCACAGGCCUUCUACAACGCCCGCGCCGGCACCACCCGCCUCUUCACGGAGACCGGCGCGGGCCAGUGGGGGAGCGCCCUCGCCUUCGCCUGCACCCAGUUCGACCUGCCGUGCGCCGUGUACCAGGUCCGCGCCAGCUACGACGCAAAGCCCUACCGCCGCACCCUCAUGCGCCUCUGGGGCGCCGACGUGCGCCCCAGCCCGUCGCCGCACACCGCCGCCGGCCGCGGCGUCCUCGCUGCCGACCCGCGCACGCCAGGCUCGCUGGGCAUCGCCAUCGCAGAGGCCGUCGAGGACGCAGCCCGCGUUCCCGGUGCCAAGUACGCCCUCGGCUCCGUCCUCAACCACGUCCUGCUCCACCAGACCGUCAUCGGCGAGGAGGCCCUGCUGCAGAUGCGCAAGGCCGACGCGUCGCCAGACGUUCUGCUGGGCUGCACGGGCGGCGGCAGCAACUUUGCCGGCCUGAGCUUCCCGUUCCUGCGCGAAAAGUGGGCGGGCGGGCACGAUGCCACCGUGCGCUGCGUCGAGCCCGCCGCAUGCCCCAGCCUCACGCGCGGCGAGUACCGCUACGACUUUGGCGACGCCGUCGGGCAGACGCCGCUGCUCAAGAUGCACACGCUCGGCCACUCGUUCGUGCCGGACGCCAUCCACGCCGGCGGCCUGCGCUUCCACGGCAUGGCGCCGCUGGUGAGCCAGCUGCUGCACGAGGGCGUGGUCGAGGCAGAGGCCAUCGGGCAGACCGAGUGCUUCGAGGCUGGCCGCCUGUUUGCAAAGUGCGAGGGCGUGGUCGCCGCGCCCGAGCCCACGCACGCCAUCGCGGCCACGCUGCGCGAGGCGGCGAGGGCAAAGGAGACCGGCGACGAGACCAACAUCCUGCUCGCCGUGUGCGGGCAUGGCCUGCUCGACCUUGCUGCGUACGACAAGCUCCUGGAUGGAAGCCUCGUCGACUUCGAGUACCCGCGCGAAAAGGUCAGCAAGGCCAUGGCCAGCGUGCCGAACGUGCGGCAAGAAGAACGCGACAAGGCAGCGAGCGGCACGGCACCUUGA